GCUCCGCGGCCUCGCCCCGCCCCGCCCCGCUGCAGCCCCGCGCUGGUCGCAGUCGGUCCGGACCGGGACGGAGCCAAGAUGGCGGCUGCCGACGGUGACGACUCGCUCUAUCCUAUCGCGGUGCUCAUAGACGAGCUCCGCAACGAGGAUGUGCAGCUUCGCCUCAACAGCAUCAAGAAGCUCUCCACCAUUGCCUUGGCCCUCGGUGUCGAGAGGACCCGCAGCGAGCUCCUUCCCUUCCUCACAGACACCAUCUACGAUGAGGAUGAGGUCCUCUUGGCGCUGGCAGAGCAGCUGGGAACCUUCACCACCCUGGUGGGGGGCCCGGAGUACGUGCACUGCCUGCUGCCGCCCCUGGAGUCGCUGGCCACGGUGGAGGAGACAGUUGUGCGUGACAAGGCGGUGGAGUCCCUGCGGGCCAUCUCGCACGAGCACUCGCCCUCCGACCUGGAGGCCCACUUCGUGCCGCUGGUGAAGCGGCUGGCGGGUGGCGACUGGUUCACCUCCCGCACCUCCGCCUGCGGCCUCUUCUCCGUCUGCUACCCCCGAGUGUCCAGCGCAGUCAAGGCAGAACUGCGGCAGUACUUCCGGAACCUGUGCUCAGAUGACACCCCCAUGGUGCGGCGGGCCGCAGCCUCCAAGCUGGGGGAGUUCGCCAAGGUGCUGGAGCUGGACAACGUCAAGAGCGAGAUCAUCCCCAUGUUCUCCAACCUGGCCUCUGACGAGCAGGACUCGGUGCGGCUGCUGGCAGUGGAGGCAUGUGUGAACAUCGCCCAGCUCCUGCCCCAGGAGGACCUGGAGGCCCUGGUCAUGCCCACCCUGCGCCAGGCUGCUGAGGACAAGUCCUGGCGCGUGCGCUACAUGGUCGCCGACAAGUUCACAGAGCUCCAGAAAGCAGUGGGGCCCGAGAUCACCAAGACGGACCUGGUCCCUGCCUUCCAGAACCUGAUGAAGGACUGUGAGGCCGAGGUGAGGGCCGCAGCCUCCCACAAGGUCAAAGAGUUCUGUGAAAACCUGUCAGCCGACUGCCGCGAGAAUGUCAUCAUGACCCAGAUCUUGCCCUGCAUCAAGGAGCUGGUGUCGGACGCCAACCAGCACGUCAAGUCAGCCCUGGCCUCGGUCAUCAUGGGCCUCUCCCCCAUCCUGGGCAAGGACAACACCAUCGAGCACCUCCUGCCCCUCUUCCUGGCUCAGCUGAAGGAUGAGUGCCCGGAGGUGCGGCUGAACAUCAUCUCCAACCUGGACUGCGUGAACGAGGUGAUCGGCAUCCGGCAGCUGUCUCAGUCCCUGCUCCCUGCCAUUGUGGAGCUGGCUGAGGACGCCAAGUGGCGGGUGCGGCUGGCCAUCAUUGAGUACAUGCCCCUGCUGGCCGGGCAGCUGGGAGUGGAGUUCUUUGAUGAGAAACUCAACUCCUUGUGCAUGGCCUGGCUGGUGGAUCAUGUCUAUGCCAUCCGCGAGGCGGCCACCAGCAACCUGAAGAAGCUGGUGGAGAAGUUCGGGAAGGAGUGGGCCCACGCCACCAUCAUCCCCAAGGUCUUGGCCAUGUCUGGGGACCCCAACUACCUGCAUCGCAUGACAACGCUCUUCUGCAUCAAUGUGCUGUCUGAGGUCUGCGGGCAGGACAUCACCACCAAGCACAUGCUGCCCACAGUCCUGCGGAUGGCCGGGGACCCUGUCGCCAACGUCCGCUUCAACGUGGCCAAGUCCCUGCAGAAGAUAGGGCCCAUCUUGGACAACAGCACGCUGCAGAGCGAGGUCAAACCCAUCCUAGAGAAGCUGACCCAGGACCAGGAUGUGGACGUCAAGUACUUUGCCCAGGAGGCUCUGACUGUUCUGUCUCUCGCCUGAUGCUGGAAGAGGAGCCAACGCCUGCUCUGGUGUCCGCCCACCCCCCACAAGUCCUUCCUCAGGGAGGCAGUUGGGGGCCUCUGGCUGUCACUCCCUGUGCAUGGUCUGACCCCAGGCCCCUUCCCCUAGCACGACUGCUCCUCCCCCAGUCUAGGGAGACUUCUUACUGUCCCCCUCCUAGGGGCUGAGGGAGAGGUAAGACAGGACAGUGACUCUGGGAGGAAGGGGGCACGCCCACCCGCAUCAGGGAAGAGGCGUGAGAUCCCCAGUGACUGGCUCCUGCUGCUGUAAUGGGGACCCCCCUUCCACCACCUACUUCUCCCCCUCCUUUCUUCCCCCCCCUUGGUGUUUUUUUUGUGUGUCUACUGUGCCAUUUUUAUUUUAUUCAUGGCCCUUCCCCCCUUUUCACAGAGAAAUAAAGGUCUAGAAACAGCCA